UGUCCCCAGAACCCACAACACACGAUAACAACAGGAGUCAGAAGACCUGCACUUAUCCUCCAGGUUGUGGCAGCUUGGACAACACAGGAGGACAUGGCCAGAGCCCCGGACAACGCGGUGAAAUGGACAACCCUGGUGGUGCUGGCCACUGUGGGCACAGCCCUGACAGUGGCCACCAACCCUGGCUUUGUGAUGAAGAUCUCCCAGGAGGGUCUGGACUACGCCUGCCAGCAGGGAAUGGCCGUGCUGCAGAAGAAGCUGGAGAACAUCAAGCUGCCUGACUUCUCCGGAAACUUCAAGAUCAAGUUAUUGGGGAAGGGAAAUUAUAACUUCUACAGCUUGAAGGUCCUCAACUUCCAGCUUCCCAGUCCUCGACUAAGACUGCAGCCCGACGUGGGCCUUCAACUCUCCAUCAGCAACGCCAAUAUGGCUGUCAGUGGAAAAUGGAACGCCAAAAAGAGUUUCCUCAAAGCUGGUGGCAACUUUGUCCUGCGCGCAGAAGGCAUCUCCCUCUUUGCCAAUCUGAAGCUGGGCAGCGACCCCGCCUCAGGCCACAUCACUGCUGCCUGCUCCAGCUGCAAGGACUACAUCAACCGCGUCACCCUGAGGGUCUCAAACAGCAAAUGGGGGGGGCUGAUCCGUCUCUUCCAAAAGAGAAUUGAUUCUUUGAUCCAAAAGACCUUGCAAAACAAGAUCUGCAAGAUACUGACCAAUACUGUGAACACCAACUUGCAGCAGUACAUCAGGACCCUUCCAGUGACAUCCAAAAUAGACAAGGUGGCUGACAUCGACUAUAGUCUGGUGGCUCCUCCAGAAGUAACAGCAGACAGCCUGACCUUGAAGAUGAAGGGGGAGUUCUUCAGACAGGCCAACCGCAGCUCACCUCCUUUUGACCCUCCGGUGAUGGCGAUUCCCCCUGUGCACGACCGCAUGGUGUACCUGGGCAUAUCCGACUACUUCUUCAACACAGCUGGGCUUGCGUACCAACAGGCUGGAGUCUUCAAAUGGAUCCUCACGAACAGCACGCUGCCAAAGAGAUCCAAAUUCCACUUGACCACCGGUUUCCUUGGACAAUUCCUACCCCAGGUGUCCCAGAUGUUCCCCGACAUGAAUGUGCGGCUCGUCUUUUCCGUCUCCUCACCGCCACACCUGGUCAUGGAGCCCACUGGCCUCGCCUUCACCCCUCACCUGGAGGCCCAGGCCUUUGCUGUGCUACCCGACUCCUCCCUAGCCUCCCUCUUCCUGCUUGGCAUGAGCAUGAACGCACACCUGGCAGUCGGUGUCAACUCUGACAGGCUCGUGGGAAAUCUCACGGUGGACACGCUACGUCUGAAACUGAGACACUCCAACGUCGGCAGCUUCCCGGUGGAGCUGCUGCAGGAUGCCAUGAACUACAUCGUGACCCUGGUGGCUGUGCCCAAGGUCAAUGAGAGGCUAAAGAAGGGUUUUCCUCUCCCGGUGACCAAUCGGAUCCAGCUCAGCAACCUGGUGCUUCGCUCGUACCAGAAUUUCCUGCUGCUUGGAGCAAAUGUUCGCCUUGGCUGAGGUCGCCGGGGCUGCACCCAGGGUGGGGACCAGUGGCACCUGCUCCUGAGGGGCCGUCGGACAGGCUCCCUUUCCCCAGGGAAUCCUCGCGAGACCUUGCAAACCUCUGAGCUCCGACCCGGAAAGCAUCUGGACACGGAGUCUGUUGGAAAAGUUCUGGUGUCCGUUUCAAGGGUUUUGUCCUGUUCUCAAAGCUAGACUCCACAACACGUCCUCCAGGAAUUACAUUUCAAUUGUGAUGAUGGUAUUUCUCCUUGGGCAUCAAGGAGGGAAAAAAGACAAAAACAAAAACAACCUUUCUU